AGCUGCCCGCCGAGCGAGCUCCGCCGGAAGUGACCCACUGACGCGAGCGGCGCGAGUCUGCGCAGUGCAGCGCCGAGGGCCCGCGGCGCGUGCGUGCUGGGGUGAGCAGCCUUCGCUCCGCGGGGUGUUAAAACAACAUCAAAAUGGCUUCAAAAAGAGCCCUGGUCAUCCUGGCCAAAGGAGCAGAGGAGAUGGAGACCGUUAUCCCUGUGGAUGUCAUGAGAAGAGCUGGGAUUAAGGUCACGGUUGCAGGUCUGUCUGGAAAAGACCCAGUACAGUGUAGCCGUGAUGUUGUCAUUUGUCCUGAUGCCAGUCUUGAAGAUGCACGAAAGCAGGGACCAUACGAUGUGGUGGUUCUGCCAGGAGGUAAUCUGGGUGCACAGAAUUUAUCUGAGUCUGCUGCUGUGAAGGAGAUCCUGAAGGAGCAGGAGAGCAGGAAGGGCCUCAUAGCCGCCAUCUGUGCAGGUCCUACGGCUCUUUUGGCUCAUGAAAUAGGUUUUGGAAGUAAAGUUACAACACACCCACUUGCUAAAGACAAAAUGAUGAAUGGGAGUCACUACAGCUAUUCAGAGAGCCGCGUGGAACAGGACGGCCUGAUCCUCACCAGCCGUGGGCCUGGGACCAGCUUUGAGUUCGCCCUUGCCAUCGUGGACGCGCUCAUGGGCAAGGAGGUGGCCAACCAGGUGAAGGCGCCCCUGGUUCUUAAGGAUUAGAAUGCCUGCCCCAAGGGGCCAGGCGACUGACGGUAGUCCUCACUGUGCUCACCAACGCCAGUUGGUAAGCACGGCAGCGGCAGCCUGCUGUGUGACGUGGCCACCGCGUGCCCCCAGCCCGCACACUGUGCCCCUGCCUCCUGAACCUUGUGUGCAGAAUAAAGAGGGCGUUGAGUAACA